GUGAACGGUUCGGGCCAAGUUUGAAUUUCGAAAGAAGACUGAAACGAAGCUCGUGUGCCGCGUGCAUUUCGCAAAAGAUACAAAUUAAAAGAUUUUUUUAAGGAUUCUGCUUCGGCUUCUGAGUCCGUGUUACCGUUGGCUAUAAGCAAAAUUGUUUAGCCUUUUCAUUUUCAAAUACGCCAGAUUAAGCCUGAAAUAAGCUAAACUGGCAACACUGGUGCGAGAAACAAAUCCGUCAGAUACAAAUCCGACAGAUACAAACUCAAACGGCAACGCACCGGACGGUUAAUGUUUGAGAUUUUAUUUUUUGUAGAAGGAGCGGCAACAAAUAAAUUAUAAAUAAUAAAUAGUCGUCGCGCCGCUUGUGUUUUUCGUUCUCGUUGCGACAUCCGAAAGAUAUCAACAAAAAGAUGGGUUUUUAAAACCAUUUCAAGCAGAUUAAUCCCAUAAAAUGAUACUUUUUGUGUGCGGAAACUCUAGAUAGCGCCGGAAGUCCGGAAUUUCGUAUUUUAUUAUUUCUAGAAACGGGAACACGAACUUUUCGUUGUUGUUUACAAGUGUGGAGUUCGAAAACUAUUUGCCCCGUUACCACCACGAAAAGAAAAUCAAAGUGAAAGAGCAAAAAUACAUAAUACAUAAAGUUCCAAUGUAAAUUUAAAACAAAUCAAGUGUACUCCCAAACAUAUCAAAUGCCCAUGUAAUUUAUCCCAUGGAUGGCAAACUAAAAAUACAUAUCAAAAAACGGUUGAAGCGGAUAUCAAUUUUAAAAUAUACUUGAAACAAGUGCACAACACCACUGGAUAAUACAUAUCAAACGCAACGAAGGCAUAUCAAAGCCCACGAGUGAUACGAGGAGUGUUGCAGACAGACCCUUCCCGACCUCCUCCCGAGAACCUUCACCCGAACCGGAACCCCGUCUGUUCCCAGUUCCCAAGACCCACCCGUGAAACUAAAGAAAAUAAAUAAACCACUUUAAUAGAGUUAACAAAUACCGUGACUAGCCGGCCCCGUCGAGUCCGCGAACCAAGUUAGUCAACUACAAAUAAUGCGCAUACAAUAGGAUCGAUGUUACCGCAAAAUUGUAUGUCCCUCCAUGAUAUUCCCAAGCGAAAAGAAGAAAGAUCUAUGGCGUUAUGCGCUCAAAAACAAUCCGGGUACGCGCGAAGGGGUGCCACCAAUGCCGCCCUCCCAGCUACCACGGCCGCCGCCCCCUCCACAUCGACCCCGCCCUCAUCUUCAUCAUCAUCAGCAGCAACAGCAGCUGACUCCGCAUCCUCCAUCCUUGGGCUACUCCUGCGACGAGGACUCCUUGGCCAUGCGCCAGACGCCGCCGCCACCCUACAACUCGAUGCCCUGCGCCAUGGACUGCUCCGGCUCCUCGUGUCAGAGUCCAGUCCAGAACAACAACAACAACAACAACAACAACAACCACAGCCAUCCAUAUCGCCGCCUGCCAAAUCCCCGGGAACGGGAACUAUCACCACUGAGCUGCGGAUCGGCCUGCGACCGUUGCUGUACCGCUCCUGGCUGCAGUUGCGCAAACUCCUGCGACGAUAUGUUGAUCGAAGAAAGCGAUCUGGAGCGGGAACGGGAACGGAAUCGGUAUCAGGAGCAGCAGCAGCAGCAGCAGCAACAGCAACAGGUGGAUCGCCGGCUACCGAGUGCCAACACCUUUGCGACCAUGUUUCGGAAAUGCUGUGGCAGCGGUACGGAAUCCACCAGCGGAUCAUCAACGUCCUCAAUUCCAGCCAUGAUGCAAGCAUCUCCUGCCCACCAAGCCAACCAAACGCCGGCCCAAGUCCAAGCGCAGAGUUUGCGACGCCAGCGCGAGGAUUUCGAUGCCUUGAUAAAGCCGCUGAAGCGGAAGCAGGUUGCCGAGCUCCUGCUGGCCGUCAAGAGUCGCGUGGAUUUGCCCACGAAGACGCAACGGGAUGCCGUGACCACCACCACCACCUCCUCCUCAUCCGCCACAGCCUUGACGACAACAACGCCGCCCACCUACCUGCAGUGCAUCCUCAUACCGUGCUCAACGCGUGCGGAUCGGGAGCAGUAUGUGACCGCCAGCCGGCUCUUCUUCUGGCCGGGUCUGAGGAGCGGCGAGGAGCUGAAGCGCCUGCCUGCCUGCCAAAGCGUCCAAGACUGCGUCUACACGUGCUGCAAUCCGCUGCACUGGUGCCGCAUAGUGCACCUGCCAGAACCCCAACCGCCGCCAUACCAUCGCUCAAAAAUGCAGAGACUGAAAGAUGCAGAUCCCGAAGAAGACUUGCAGAACGACACAGAGUCGGCGGCGCUGAGCACGUGGAGUGCGCGGAGCAGCAGCAUUUCGGCGUCGAGCAUCUUCAAGAGGACGGAGUCACCAACGCCGUCGCCGACGCCGCAGCUUUUCGAGUCGUUUGCCACUGACGGGAAAGAUAGCACUAUUGGUAGUAAGGGCUGGUGCCAAAUCGCCUAUUGGGAGCUGGCCCAUCGAGUUGGGGAAUUCUUUCAUGCCCGGACCAAUGCAGUCAAUAUCUAUACGGAUGGGAUAGUGGACAGUGGCGGGGAUAGUAUGUGCCUGCGUGACCUCACUCUGAAUGACAAGCAAGUGUCCUCCGAGGUGGUAAACACGCGCAAGAAGGUCGGAUUGGGAGUCACUCUGAGCCUGGAAUGCGGCGAUGUUUGGAUCUACAAUCGUGGAAACUCUGCCGUUUUUGUGGAUUCCCCAACUCUGGCAGAGAGACUGGACCGCGUGUGCAAAGUGAUGCCUGGCUGCUGCCUGAAGGCCUUUGAAACAAACAGGGCCCAAUGGCUAAGCAUGAGGCAGCCGGGACACCAUCACAUGGGACCCAUUGACUGGUUCAGCCUGAAGAUCAGCUUCGCCAAGGGUUGGGGCAACAGUUAUACGCGCCAGGACAUCAUGGGCUGCCCUUGCUGGGUGGAGGUGCACUUCAGUCAUCUGCGGUGACAGUACCUACUGCAGGCGCUAUCGUCUUCCCAUCCAGCAUUCCAGCACCUGGUCGAGCCACAGGUGACCACCAGCUGGCAUCGGGAGGGAAACCCACGAUCGCGUCAACUGUUGCGGAAGGCACAGAAGCUGCUAACCAAACUGUGCAGCACUGUGUGCUCACUGAAGGAUCCGGCGCCUGGGACGAGAUCCACUACGAGAUCAAGACGUUGGAGUCUGGCGGGCAGAAGACCGAGCCGCCAACUAACCAUUAAACAACAACCAAUAAUUUGGAACAACAAAGGACUGCAAAAGAAAUCAUUUUAAAUGUUUACAAACAUAAUAAUUACGAAACAAGUUUCAAUUACUGCUAGUAGAUACAUCGAAAUUAAUUUUAACGCAUCCGAAUCGCAUGGACAAGUGGACGAGUGGAGUAGGAGUCCGGCGAGAAUACAUAGUAAUUGAUUGUUAAACAUACUUAGCAAAAAUUGAAAUCCUGUGAUUCACUCUAUAUAUAUAUAUAUACACAUGUAGUAUGUACCGACGUAUGGGGCUAGAGCCCUGUGCCAGUAGCUAUAUGACAUGUAUAAAUAACUAAUUUAUAUACAUAAUUAAAACAGAAGGCACAUCAGGGUUAACAGAGAUAGGAGAGACCACUCGAUCAGCAUCUAAAUACCUUUUCUAUGCGACGUUUUUAAGAGAACCUAAACCCAUAAUUUAUACCCCACCCAAAUGAAACCAAACAUCACUGAAAUACAAAUGUCUGUUCAGUAUAAUCUGCAUAGAUCCUAGGUUAAAUGAAAAUGAAAAGCACUAUUAACUAAAUUCGUCACGGAUAGGAGGUCCAGCGCCCAGGGAUUGCAAUUGAUUUAUAGAAAGCAUACGUCAUGUUCAAACAUCAUUUGUUUUAUGUUGAUAUUUUGACUGUUUUCGUUCCUCACAAGCACUUCAUCUACUCAAGUUCAAGCAAUCUUCUUCCAUCAGCAAAUAUAUUAUUUACAUGGAAAAAUCAUUCACAUAUUCCACAAGCCCCGAUUUCGAUUUCAUUUCCACAAGCAGGAAAUGCCAAUUCGAGGAUUUGGUGUUGCAAUUAAGAUCCCCGCGCUGAAGCUUUUAUCCGUUGAACCAAACAAAUCCAAAAUCCGUAUAAAAUUACCCCCCCCCCAGCCUUUUAUGUAAUUCGUUCUAAGAGUAUAAAUGCGAUUGUUACCCAUUGUUUCACUGUUAAAGCAAGACCGUGUUCAGUAAAUUCAUAAAGAAAAUAGGUACGUGAUUAUUGUAUGUAUAAUUUAAUUCCAAAAAAUCAUUGUAAGAAAUAGAAAGAAACGAACUUUCAAGCGUACUCAUCACUCAUGAGCAAAGUUACUGGGCUGAUUUACAAAAUUUAACAUUGAAUUGAAGUCAAAUGGAUAAAAUGAAACAUGCAUGCAUACGAUACAAUAGCUUCAAUAUGAUCAAAUAUUUAAUCAGUGCAGUUAUAC